CGCAAUGGCUUCGAUGUGGUUUUCUGUUUGCCUUCUUCUAAAAGUGGCAGCCGUUUGCACUGCAAACGCAGCACCAGGUACCUGCGACUUUGAGAAUGGUCUAUGUGGAUAUACUCACGAUCAAAACUCUGAUUUCGAAUGGACUAACAACACAGGAGUCACUACAAGCUUCAACACUGGACCAUUAGGCGACCACACAACUGGAUCAGGUUCUUACAUGUACAUCGAGACAUCCAGCCCACGUCUAAACCGAGAGGCAGCCCAUUUGGUUAGUCCUCAAAUAUCUGCUACGGAUGGAAACUGUCUUAGUUUCUACUUUCAUAUGUUUGGUCUCAAUAUUCGCGAACUAUCAGUAUAUACCCAGUCCAUUAGUGGUUCCAGACAUCCUUUGUGGCGCUUAAAUGGGGACCAUGGAGAGGCGUGGCACAAUGCUGCAAUACCAUUAAGCAUACCAAAAGAUCUCACCUUUAAGAUUGUGUUUGAAGGCAUCGUUGGCACUGGAUACAUGGGUGACAUUGCCAUUGAUGAUAUCAUGGUCGAACACACGAAUAAAUGCGACAUAAACCCCCCUUCAGCGCAACCGCAGCCUCCUCAACCGACGCCUGUCCCUACCCCACCAUUUGUACCGUUUUGUGGUGUUAAACCGCAUACGCGCAUAGUCGGAGGCGCUAUAGCCACACCAAACUCCUGGCCAUGGCAAGCAAUGCUCAUGUAUCAAAAAGACACCGGCGAAUGGAAGCAGUUCUGUGGAGGAUCACUGGUGCUGCACGAUUGGGUUUUGACUGCUGCCCAUUGUGUCAAUAGUAUCAGAGGAGAUGAUUAUUCAACUCACAUGGUCAGGUUGGGUGCACAUUACAAAAAUACUUCACUGUUGAUCGGUUCGGAACAAGACUUUGGCAUCAAAAAGAUCUAUUUCCAUCACGAGUACAACAGCGUAACAAAUUACAACUACGAUGUCGCUCUUAUUCAUUUGGAUCGUCCUGCAAUACUUAUGAACGGUGUGGGUCUUGUGUGCCUUCCUGAUGACAACAUUGAAUUUUCACCAGGAGCCGACUGCUGGAUAACAGGGUGGGGAACACUUCAACCAGGAGGGGCAUCACCCGAUGAACUACAAGAGGCAAAAGUUCCGUUGGUUUCGAACAAGGAAUGCACUAAAAAUGGUUCGUAUGAAGCCAGCAAAAUCACGCGUGAGAUGCUAUGUGCAGGAUUUCCGGAAGGAGGGAUAGAUGCUUGUCAGGGCGAUUCUGGGGGACCCUUGGUGUGUGAAGAUAACGGAAAGUGGUAUCUGAUGGGAGAUACCAGCUGGGGAUACAGUUGUGCAAAGCCAAAUUAUUAUGGCGUGUACGCAAGAUUGGCAUUACUAAAGGACUGGGUGUUCCACAUAUUAACAAAUCCUGAUUCAGCGUAAGUCAACAUUGUUCAAGGGAAAUAAGGUCCCCUAGGAAAUACAAUAACUCACGUAUCAUUCUCGCACGAAAUGUAAACACGCUGAAAAAAUUAUUUAGUACUUAAAAAUACAUCCAGAAGGUAUUCAGUAAUAAAGA